CGUCAUGGCAGCUGCGGCGCAGCCCCGGGUGGCCGAGCUGCUGGCCGAGGCCCUGCGCGCCUUCCGGGAGGAGUUCGCGGCCGAGCCCGUGCUGGCCGUGUCGGCGCCGGGGCGCGUCAACCUCAUCGGGGAGCACACGGACUACAACCAGGGCCUGGUGCUGCCCAUGGCACUGGAGCUUAUGACAGUGAUAGUGGGCAGUCCUCGGACGGAUGGUCUCGUGUCCCUUCUCACCACCUCUGAGGACGCCGAUGAGCCUCGGCGACUGCAGUUCCCACUGCCCACAGCCCAGCGGUCACUAGAGCCUGGGACACCCUACUGGGCCAACUACAUCAAGGGAGUGAUUCAGCACUACCCAGCUAGUCCUCUCCCCGGCUUCAAUGCAGUGGUGGUCAGCUCAGUGCCUCUGGGGGGUGGGCUUUCCAGCUCUGCGUCCCUGGAAGUGGCCACAUACACCUUUCUCCAGCAGCUGUGCCCAGACUCGGGAGCCGUAGGGGCCCGGGCCCAGGUGUGUCAGCGGGCCGAGCACAGCUUCGCGGGGGUGCCCUGUGGCAUCAUGGACCAGCUCAUCGCUUUGUUGGGGCAGGAGGGCCACGCGCUGCUCAUUGACUGCAGGUCCCUGGAGACCACCCUGGUGCCACUCUCUGAUCCCAAGCUGGCUGUGCUCAUCACUAACUCGAAUGUCCGUCACUCACUGGGCUCCAGCGAGUACCCCCUGAGGCGGCGCCAGUGCGAGGAGGUGGCCCAGGCCCUGGGCAAGGACAGCCUCCGGGAAGUGCGGAUGGAGGAACUUGAGGCUGGCAAGGAGCUGGUCAGUAAGGAGGGCUUCCGGCGGGCCCGGCAUGUCGUGGGUGAGAUCCGGCGCACAGCCCAGGCUGCGGACGCCCUGAGCCGUGGAGACUACCGAAGCUUCGGCCGCCUCAUGGUGGAGAGUCACCACUCUCUCAGGGAUGACUACGAGGUGAGCUGCCCUGAGCUGGACCAGCUUGUGGAGGCCGCGCUGUCUGCACCCGGGGUUUAUGGAAGCCGCAUGACUGGCGGUGGCUUUGGGGGCUGCACGGUGACACUGCUGGAGGCGGCCACUGCAUCCCGCGUCAUCCAGCACAUCCAGGAGCGGUACAGCGGGACCGCCACCUUCUACCUCUCCCAGGCGGCCGAUGGAGCCAAGGUGCUGCCCUUGUGAG